AGGACUUUAUACAGCAUAUGCAAGUGAAGGAGGAACACAACAAACACAAGGAACUCUGACACCAUGAGCCUUUUGUCACAGCUCUGCCCAUUUGCCUUUGGGUGGAAUGUCUUCACACUGGGCAUCAUCUGUACCCUUUGCCUUCUGCUGCUGGAUUACAUGAAGCGCAGAAAACCCUGCACAAAUUUCCCUCCCAGCCCUCCCUCCAGGCCCUUUGUGGGAAAUCUGCUGCAGGUGGACUUAAAAAAUCUUCACAACAGCAUCAAACAGCUCUCUAAACAGUAUGGGGAUGUGAUAAGCCUGCAGCUCUUUUGGAAACCCAUGGUGGUGCUCAAUGGAUUUGAAGUCAUGAAGGAGGCCUUGAUACAGAAGUCAGAGGACAUAGCAGAUCGUCCCACAAUUUACAUAUUUGAUAUCUUUGGGUUUGGUGCAAACAACAGAGGUGUUAUGUUUGCAAAUUAUGGCCAAUCUUGGAAGGACCUAAGAAGAUUUACUUUGUCUACGUUGAGGGAUUUUGGCAUGGGGAAAAAAUCCCUGGAGGAGAGAGUAGGAGAAGAAGCUGGGUACCUGUGUGCUGCGUUCCAGUCUGAGCAAGGUCGUCCUUUUUACCCAAAUGUUUUGCUGAACACAGCAGUUAGUAACAUUAUCUGCUCUAUCAUAUUUGGUGAACGGUUUGAAUAUGAUGAUCACAAGUUCCAAAAGCUGUUGAGUCUAACUGAAGAGAUUUUAAUAUCUGGAUCCGAGACAAUGCCCCAGGUUUUAUGUUUACUUCCUUGGUCAGCUAAAUUUCCCAGCCUAGCCAAGCGGUUUUUCAAACCUCGGAUAUCUAUGGAAAAAUAUCUAAAAGAAAUUAUCAAUGAGCAUCAGCAAACAUGGGAUUCUGGGCACACAAGAGAUUUUAUUGAUGCCUUUAUACUUGAGAUGGAAAAGGAAAAAGCAGUUAAAGACAGCAAUUUUAAUUAGGAGAAUCUUCAGUUAACCAUAGCUGACUUAUUUUCAGCUGGCACAGAAACCACAUCCUCAACCCUGAGAUGGGGCCUUCUGUUUAUGCUACUGUACCCAGAUGUGCAAAGAAAGGUGAAUGCGGAAAUUGACCAAGUGAUUGGAAGAAGCAGGAAGCCGACUAUGGGAGAUGUGUCACAGAUGCCUUAUACCAAUGCCGUAAUCCAUGAAAUCCAGCGUUACGCAGAUAUAAUCCCUCUCUCUGUGCCACAUGUGACAUACAGAGACACAUAUAUCAAAGGCUUCUUCAUCCCAAAAGGCAUCCUUAUUAUGACCAAUCUGUCAUCUGUGCUUAAAGAUGAGAGAGUCUGGGAAAAGCCUUUUCAGUUUUAUCCGGAACAUUUUCUUGAUAGGGAUGGCAAGUUUGUGAAAAGAGAAGCAUUUAUGGCAUUCUCUGCAGGUCGCCGUGUUUGUCUAGGAGAGCAGCUGGCCAGGAUGACUCUGUUCCUCUUCUUCACGUCUCUCCUGCAGCACUUCUCAUUUCAGAUUCCUGAUGGCGAGCCGAGCCCACGGGAAGAUCCUGUAAUUGUAUACAAUCAGAUUCCACAUGAUUAUAAAAUCUGUGCCAAGGUUAGAUAGACAGCUAAAUUGAAAAUUCUAUGAAACACAAAAAAAAAAAAA